AUGCCACCUCCGCAAUGCUCUACUGAAGCGUGUAGCUCCAAUGCUGUAGUCAAACGGGCACUGGAUGAGGCACCGCUUUGUGCUAAGUGCUUCACAGAGGGAUUCGAGCGGCAUGUUCACGAAACCAUCAGUGCUGCUAAUUUGUUUCGUCGUGGAGAACGCGUAGCAAUUGGAGCAUCUGGAGGAAAAGAUUCUACUGUGUUGGCAUAUGUGAUGAAGACGCUCAAUGAUAGGUAUGAUUACGGAUUGGACUUAGUACUAAUAUCAAUUGAUGAAGGGAUCAAAGGAUAUCGCGAUGACUCUUUAAAGGCUGUCGAAAGAAAUCGCAUUGUGUAUUGCUUACCACUCACAGUGCUUAGUUAUAAAGAUCUUUACGGUUGGACGAUGGACGAGAUCGUAGCGAAAAUAGGGAAAAAGAACAACUGUACUUUUUGUGGAGUGUUUCGACGACAGGCAUUGGACAGGUACUUGGAGUGGAACAUGUUGUAG